ACCUCCAAGUAUACAUGCGCCUGCUCUACCCACUGAUCCAACCCGGCCACACUCACAUAUUUGAACUGACUUUUCCUAUCCCAGCCAGCUAGCCCAGUCUCCUAACUAUCUUUUUUUUGUGAUCUUUUUUUUUGCUGUGUAAAAUAUUAUUAUUAUUAUUACUGUAGCAACAUGCUCAGUAGUAAGUUGCUCUAUUAAUCAAUCCAAUCAAACCGUUGCAGAUUUUUUGAUUAACAUUAACUUCAGAAGUUUUCUGGGAUUAAACAGUUCUGACAGUGUAUUAAUUGCCAUCAUUUAGUAACACCUAGUUUAGUACUUCAAGACGAUUACAAAAGAAUCAAUGAAAUCUAUCGAACUCUGUCACUUCUGGGAGAUGUGCAGACAAUCUCUACUGCCACCCAGUGGUUAGUCAUGAACACUUAUCACCUCCAUGUGGAAUAGAUUACAACAUAAAGUUAGUCUGUGAAUGCCUGAAGGGAUGUAAGUCAAAUAGUAAUUGAACUGGUAAUGGUACUGAAAGCAAUGAGAGGAUUAGGAAAGAAGCCUGUUAAACUGACUGAAGAUUCAUGCAGACAUUAUUACAUUAAGCAGUGCCAUGAUACAUUCAUGUUCUGUGAUUUUACACGUGUGUGCAUGUACAGUACAGUGUGUAGCAAUGUUUGCCUGAAGGUGAUGCAUGACUGUUUCUGUUUUGUGCUUGGACAGAAGACAAAGAAAUCCAACUUUUGUGCUAAAAAAAUGAGCAAAAUUACUCGGAAUGUCAGACACAUGUUGUUUAUCAUACACAAAGAGAAACUAUGUUUUUGUUGUGGCUUUUUCAGAUUGAACACAGGAGAUUUUUUCUCUCUCUGUAGACGGCAUUUCACAUACUGUAAUGAUUUGUCAGGAUUUUGCCAAGAUCUGCUGCCACAUGGAAUGCAUUUGUGUUUGGCCUCUCCUCUCCUCUCCUCUCCUCUCCACUCCACUCCACUCCACUCCACUCCUAACUUUGCUCUCCUCCCCUCGACCAACAUAAGGUCCAGAAAGUACAGAUCAUGUCUCCUUGAUCUAUUGGCUCAGUACAAAUAUUAGCUGAUAAUACCCAUACUUAGUACAAAAAAAAGUGUCAGAGGCAAAGGACAAAAAGUAAAUUGAGCCAUGGGAAUAAGGAGUGGAGGGUAGAGUGACACGACAAUGAACACCGCAACUACAAGAAGAACAGGCGACGUGGAUAAACCUAUUGCUUGUUGGGAAGCAACCAGUUGUGACAGGAGCAGAUAUCAGGCAUGUCUUUACUUUGCAGCAGUCUUCCAGGCCAUAGCCUGUGGGAUCCACUACCUGGCCUCUGUCUUCUUAGUGCAGACGCCAAACUUUGUGUGCAGCGUGCCCGGCAACAUCACCGAUGUCCUAUACGGUAACCUGACGGGAUUUAGUUUGGAAGACAUCCUGCCAAUCUUCAAGUCAGACACUGGGCCCUUGGUGGUGAGGACGGCUGAAGGAGAACAGUGGGAGCUCAGCCGGUGCCGCUGCACCCUGCGCAUUAACCCCAAAAACUUUACAUACGACUUUGAUGGAAACAAAACAGUGAAAGCCUGCGAUGGGAACUUUGUUUACGACCUCACUGAAAUUCACCAAAGCAUAGUGACGGACUGGGACUUGGUUUGUGAGAACGAGUGGCUGGCCAAGAUGUGCCAGCCCACCUUCAUGCUGGGGGUACUGGUUGGAGCGCUGGUGUUUGGAGACAUUGCUGACAGAGUUGGUCGUGUGAGGAUCCUGAUGUUCACCAGCCUCUGUCAGUUUGGGUUUGGGGUGUCUGUAGCAUUUUCUGGAAACUAUUAUUUCUUUCUGGUGCUCCGCUUCCUCCUUGCCAUGGUGUCUAGUGGCUACCUCGUGGUGGUCUUUGUCUACGUCACAGAGUUCACUGGCAUCAAGGUGCGCACAUGGACUUCUAUGCACGUGCAUGCUGCCUUUGCUGUCGGCAUCAUGGUGGUGGCUCUGACUGGUUACCUGGUGCGGGUCUGGUGGAUCUACCAGAUCAUCCUCUCCACAUGCACCUCGCCCUUCCUGCUCCUUUGCUGGAAGUUCCCUGAAACGCCUUUUUACUUGAUGGCCAAGGGCCGCUACAAGGAAACUCAGACCCUGCUGGACGCGAUAGCCCGCUUCAACGGCCUUGAAUGCCGGCUGAAGGUGCAGGAGCUUCUGGAACCAGAGGAGAGAGAGAACGGCAAAGCUCUGCUGGAGGAGGCAGAGCAGCGGCCAUCGCAGUCUGAGAAGAAGCUGUCCAUCCUGGAUCUGUUUGGCAGCUGGAGGAUGGCGAGCCGUACAUGCACAGUGUGGGCCAUCUGGUUCAUCGGCAGCCUGGGCUACUACGUUUUCUCUUUGGGCUCAGUCAACCUAGGAGGAAACCAGUAUGUUAACCUCUUCCUGGCUGGUGCAGUGGAGCUCCCCUCUUAUUUGGUUGGCUGCUUUGCAAUGGACCGGAUUGGCAGGAAGAAGACUUGUGCCCCAGCUCUGCUCCUGGCCGGGGUCGCUUGUUUGCUCAUCAUUGUGGUACCUGCUGACAUCGAGGCACUGGCCAUCGCUCUCUGUAUGACAGGGAAGUUUGCCAUCGCCAUUGCAUUUGGUCUCAUCUACCUGUACACCUGUGAGCUUUACCCAACCAUCAUCAGGUCUCUGGCAGUGGGUAGUGGUAGUACAAUGUGCCGUGUUGGCAGUGUGGUGGCCCCCUUCUGCGUGUACCUGGCUGAUGUCUGGACCUACCUACCUCAGCUCAUCGUGGGAAUCCUGGCAUUCAUUAUCGGAGUGCUGACAUUGUUGUUGCCUGAGACCCUGGGCAGACCUCUAACAACUACUUUGGAAGAGGCUGAAGCUCUGGGACGCGAGCCCAGCAAGAAGAACUCAGCCCUGGGCAAUAAAGAUGCUGAGGACAGGAUGUAGGUGAACCAACAUGAAGCCAAGGCCUGAAUUGUAUGCUACUGGAAAACCAGAGAGACUGACGCACAGAGAAGCUUUGGACAAAAAAGAAAUGAAGGAAAGAGAGAGGAGGGGACAGCUGCCAAAAACUAAAAUAGUAACAGCAUUGAUUUUGUGGCUUGUUGAAAAGAAAUGGAAAAAUGUGAUGUGUUUGUUGACAUUUCUUCUGCAAGUGGCCAACAUUUCAGUUAUUUAAGGGUCCUGAGACAUUACACAAACUGUGUAUUAUUAUCUAAACUGCUUCAGUAGGUCAAAGUUGUACCACAAAAUGUGAUGGAUGUUUACAAAGGACUGUUUGAGUGACAAUUGAACUGUUUGCGUUUGUUUUCUUUUUCAAAUUAGUAUAGCUAUCCUGUUUGUUUUUUAAACGUGUAUGAUCUCAGCAAUGAACUUUGUGAAUACAACAUUGUUGGUAGGACAGAUCGCUAAAACUGCAAAAAUAAGACCUAAGUUGUAUUAAACUGGAAUUAUUUUUUUAAAGGAAGUGAGCAUGAGUAUGCACUGUGAUUUAGUUACUUCUCUGAAACAGUAAUCAUAAGUAUAGAACAUGGCUGGGCCUCUAUUUCUGGAACAUAUAGUAUUGAAGCAUGCAGAGUAUGUUUUUCUAAGUGCCUUAGUUUUCAUUUUAAAGUCACCGUUUUAUUAUCUUUAACUCUAUUUUUAUUUUUAUUUUUUAAAUCUCAGGGCAUCUAGUUUUAGAUAUCACUGUGAAAUAAUAUAGAGUAAUACUACAUUACAAUCAUGGUCAAGAGUCAAGAUGUGAUCUCCAAAUGUUUGGACCAAAGACAGGAAUGAUCCCUUACAGUGUGGAGAUGUAUUCACCUGCUUUGCAAUGUUGUAGUACACUACUAAUAUGUUUUUGUUUCAUGACAAUCAACUGAUAUUCUAACAGUGACGACAAACAGUAGGUGACGAAAGUGCUCAGGUUCAGUAUUCAAUUCUGAACAGCUCUAGAAUCAAGAGUAUGAUUUUUUGUAUGAAUAGUUUGUUUUAUUUCUUUAUGGACAAAUAAAUAAAAUGGCCAACACUGAGGUUGUUGGCCUCUUCUUUACUACACUUUUCAA